CCAACCCCAUCAAAACACCACAUCCAUCACCAUCACCAUCACCAUCACCAUCACAACCACCACCACCACCACCAUGCCCAUCUCCUGGCCCCCAGCCUCCAUCCCGAACGAAUUCGGCAUCUUCACCCUCUCCCUCGGCAACGCCACCCACCACAAACUCCUCCCGCGUCUCGAGGCCGCCGCCAAAGCCGGGUACAAGUGGAUCGACCUCUUCGACGAGUGCUGGGCCGGCUACCUCGAGGAACAUGGACUCCCGGGCGACCAGCUGUGGGAACCGACCCCGGAGAACCUGCGCAUCGCGCGCAAACUCGGCGACCUGAUCAAAUCCCUUGGCAUGCGCAUCGCGUGCACACAGCCGCUGCGCGCCAUCGAGGGGAUCAAAGACCCCGCCGAGCGACGGGCCUCACUGGAACUCGUCGCCAAGCGGUUCCCAUUCAUGCGGGCCUUCGACACCGACCUGGUCUUCCUAUGCGCCAGCAUCCGCACCGACAGCGGAGUCACAUUCGACCUCAAGACCGUGGCGCGCGAUCUCGCUGAGAUGGGCGACAUGGCCAAGGCGUACGCGGAGGCUGACGGGGGCCCGAUGCUGCGAAUCGGGUACGAGGGCCUCUCCUGGGCGACGCGGAAUACCUGGUCCUCGACCUGGGAGGUCGUACGCAUGGCGAACCGGCCCAAUGUAGGACUGAUCAUCGAUGCGUUUAACGUGUUGGCCGUGGAGUUCGCAGACCCCUAUAACCCCGCCGGCCACGGCCGCAUAUAUCCCACGGCGGAGGAGUCAACCGACGUGUUGUGCUCGUCGUUGGCGUCGCUGGUUGCUUCCGUGCCCGGGGACCGUAUCUUCUUCUUCCAGGUUGGCGAUGCGGAGCGUGUCAAUCCGGAGACUUUUCGGCCUCCGACGGAUCCAGCUGUGCCGGCGCUGUUGCCGUGGUCGCGCGGACAUCGCUUGUUUCCGUUUGAGGGCCAUCGUGGAGGGUAUAUGCCGGUGCAUUUGGUGGCGGCGGCGGUGCUGGCGACGGGGUAUGAGGGGCCGAUUUCGUUGGAGGUGUUUAAUAACUCGUUGAAUGUGCCGGGGAGGGAUGUUGCGGUUUCCCAUGCGGAGCGCGGCAUCACCGGGCUGCGUAAGCUGGCGGAGGCCGUUCCAAGGGUUCCGGCGUUUUGGCAGCGGGGGUUGCAUGCUAUGCGGCAGGGCCGGUUAUGAGUUGGGUGAUGGUUUGUAAAUAUGGGCUGUACAGUCAUGAUGAGUGUGAUGUGUGACCUGAGCUGUUUUGUGUUCUCCGCCGCGAGAUGCGGUGUCAUU